AUGGUAUUCCGGAAAUUCAAACCACAAAAGCAAUGGGGGAAGAUGAAUACACGGAUAUUUAAAAAUAUACUGGCAGCAAGAAAUAAACGGAAAUUGCCACAGUUUGUAAUUCCUUCGGCUAUACGGGAAGCAGGAUUUAAAAUAUAUGAUCCCAACCAGCCGAACUUCUUUGGAACAGAAGCACGAGAAUUACCAGUUAUUCCUCAUCCCGCCUACAGAACACCACAACUUCAUGAACAUCCGCUUUAUAAAUCGGUUAAGUGCUCUCUUUUCGAUGGCAGCGUAGCAUUUACUGAUGGAAUCGACCAAGCUUGCUCUCUGUCAAAGGCAGUCAAAAGAAUUGGUUUUCCGGAAAUUGUUUUAGAUUUGGCUUCUAAAAUACCAUUACCUGAAUGUUUCGAAGAUCGUCUAAGUGACUGUAUAAUGCAUGGAGAGCGAUAUGAUCCAACAUUGGAGAAAUUACCACGGCUUUUUGAUCCUAUCAUUUUUUGGGCAAAUUAUUUCCCAAAUCGUGUACACGGCACUCCGGUGUUAACAAGGGG